AUAGCUCUGACAAUAUGGCAUCCUUUGCAAAGGCGGCUUUCAUUUUGGCGACAGCGCUGGCGGUUGGCUGGGCGCUCAGCGCUCAUGCGCAGGAAUACAACGAGUACGAUCCCUCAGCUGUCACGCCUGGCAGCAUCCCCAACUUCCCAUUCCGCAACUGCAACACCACCAACGGCGCGUACCGGCUGGCACCGGUGUGGCGGCCUUCGGGCAGCAACACGUACUGCUUCAAGAUCCAGGUCAGCCAGGAUGCCCUGUCCUGCACUGGCGCCUGCUGCAGCGCCGACUUGCACAAAAUUGAGUUCAACGUGUCCAGCAGCUGCCUGGUGGCCGGGGCUUCAGUUGUCGCCACCGUGAAUGGAGUGCGGACCCGGGUUGGUGCGGCCCUGGACAAGGCCCCGGCUGGGCCUGUUGGCUCCGCCGUUCUGCGGCUCACCCAGCUGGGGCUGGACACCACGACCGCCCAGGAUGCGGAGGUGUGCCUCACCCUCAAGACCAACCGCGGAGGCCAGGGCUGCACCACCCUGGAGCAACUGUGCUCAUCGCCAGGCUUUCCUGCAGGGACAUGCACAGCAGCUAUGUUCGAUGUCGCGUGUGACUGCUGCCCAGUUUCUCAAGCCGGUCAGGCCCUCCCGCCACCGCCACCAGUUAUUCCGCCGGUCUUACGCCCUUGUGACGUCUGCAUCGCCGCGACCAUUGUGCCCCCGGCCAAUGAUGUGCGACCAUACCGCUACGACAGCGCCACCUGCGCCGCCAUUCAGCAGAACAUCGCCAAUGCCAUGAACUCUCUCCUGGGAGGCGCCAACAUCAACGUCUUCUCACCUUUCGCGCCAAAUGCAAGCCAGUGCUUUGACACACAAAUCAUUACAUGUGGCAGGUUCAACGGUUCGGACACUGAUGCGUUGGCCAAUCUGACGGAAGCGGUGCAGCAGCAGCUUUCCGCCUUCAUUGGAGUCGCGUCUGGCGGCAACGUCUGCAAUCCAAAGUUGGAGAAAUACACGGUGACGGUCUCCACCAUCAACAAUGUAGCAGAUCAGUGCCUGGACCUCUCGCAGUCGGCUAGUUGCUUCCUGCCUGGCGUUCCAUUCCCCAACUGCACGUGA